CCAAGACCCAGAGAAAGAGCUCUCAGGAUGCCGGAGCCAGCGAAGUCCACCUCUGCCCCUAAAAAGGGCUCCAAGAAAGCCGUGACAAAGACCCAGAAGAAGGGCGAUAAGAAGCGACACAAGAGCAGGAAAGAAAGCUACUCCAUCUAUGUCUACAAGGUGCUGAAGCAGGUCCACCCCGACACCGGCAUCUCCUCCAAGGCCAUGGGCAUCAUGAACUCCUUCGUCAAUGACAUCUUUGAGCGCAUCGCUGGAGAAGCCUCCCGCCUGGCCCACUACAACAAGCGCUCCACCAUUACCUCCCGGGAGAUUCAGACGGCUGUGCGCCUGCUGCUCCCGGGAGAGUUGGCCAAGCACGCUGUCUCGGAGGGCACCAAGGCUGUCACCAAGUACACAAGCUCCAAGUAGCUGGGCACCACCGCUCCAAUGGGACCAUCGAGCACCGGACCCUCUGCACAAGCACAGGUAGGCAGCCAUGGUCUGGAUAAACAUCACAGCUAUUAUCCACAGCAAUUUGCAGCCUUGGGAUGGGCAUGAGAAGCUGUCUGGUGGAAGAGGAGAUGGUGUAUCUGGGUGUCGGCUGAUUUUCAUAGUCUGUUCAGGACAUGCGACGGGUCCUGUGGGGCUGGUGGAGGAGGCCUCUGCUUUCACAUCUCAUCCGAAGGACUGACCGACUGCAGUAUAUCCAAACUCUCCUCUGUGCUUGGCAAACGUGCAUGUUUGGCGCUGGCGGGGGAGACUGGCAGUGGCAACACAGAGAUGCCGUCUCUGAAGUCUUCCUGUCUGGCUGCUUUCUCACAGUCACCCAAGAUGGGCACUGAGGAGUCAGCGCUGGUAUCGUCUCCCUCAUAGCCCAGAUCCGUCCCUCUGUACAGCGGCACAGCCCACCCUGUGCCAGCAGAAGUGGCAUCCACAGCCACCAGGCAUGGGCUAUAGAAUAAAGUCCGUAUUGAUUCAACAGCUAUCCGUGCUUGACAGCCUGCUUUAAAGAGCAAGCCUGGCAGGCAGGCAGAUGCCCAGGCUGAUACCAAGCACUGUUCCUCCUCAUGGCUCCUGAUGGAUGAGGAGGCUGAGGGCGCCAGCACUGGAGCUGCCCGCUGCCUCCCACCUUGUGCCGAGGUGGAUGGACAGACAAGGGGGGGAUGUUGGGGCUGGGUCUCUGCCUUCCCCAGAUGCUGCUUUGCCUGCUUUAGGACUUGCUUUGAUGUGCAAGACCUUGCUAGUUCUGCUGCUUUUCAGAGACCUUUUCUCCCUCGAUGCUGCCUGGACGCUCCCUUCCACUGCAAGGGUGGGUGAGAGGGGGUAGUGCCCAAGGGGGUCCCCUCUCCUGCCAGCGCUGGGGUGGUGCAGGACAAACAGCACAGAGGCGUCGGGAGGGGACUGAGGAUUUGGGAAGGCAUCAGGAGUGGGAGCAGAGGGGUUAGGACAGGCUGAGGGUGAGGCGGGCUCCCCACAGAGAUCGCUGCGGGCAGCUGAGCUGGCCCUGCCUUCCCUGCUUUAUUUACCGGUUAGAAAGCAAAAUCAAAACCUGGGGCUGGGUGGAUAUAUAAGGACACUUGCUCGCAUCCCAGUGAUAUUCUAAAGAUUAAAUAAUUUUAAACUACUUCAGAUAAUCCCCAUGUCUUCUCAAAGUCCACAGUAAGGUGAGCAAUAAUAAAAUCCUGAUAAAGCCAUAGAGAUUAGUGGAGAGAUGUCUCAGUUGCAGGUUUAUCUUGCCCAAACUGCUGGACAGCAGAAGAAGAGCAUGUGUAGAAUUGGUGUGAAGUUGAAGCUUCCUACUCAAAGCCAACAUUUAAAAAAAAAAUCAAAAUAAAAUCAAAACCUCUGGUAGGCAGUAGCACUCAGAUAAAAAAUAUUCAUGUCUUUAAAAUAACGUCUGCUUUCUAAAGUGUAUCAAUAAAUAAAAAGGGCAGCAAAGACACAAGAUCCAGAACUAAGUGCAGGCCCUCCCCAAACUCCAAGACCUUGUUUUUAAUGAAAAGGUAAAUUCAUACCCCAACGUGACAACCUUGCAGUACAUCUCUUGCUUUCCCCUACAUUUAUCUCUAUCCUGUUUCUUUACACUUUGAGAGUGAUGGGCACCCCUUGACAAAUUUAUGUUGCUUUUGGAGCUGUAGGGCUCUACAGCUCCAGAGGAUUCACUCAUGGUUUUUAUAAGUGUUGCAGUCAUUUUCCAGCUGGUCUGAGGAGAGGACCACGUAGACCUGCUCAACCAAGGGCGCCUCAGAAACCCAAGGACAGCAUGCAGUUCCACGGGGUCUCUGUGCAAGAGCUGAUGGGCUGCUCCCACCCCCCUUCUGCAGCUUGGAGUUUGAACACCCCACACCUGAAAAGGGACUUUCCUCCCAUACUUUUCUCAGUGAUAGCACACUCCAGCCACGUUUCAUACCGUAAUGCCA